AUGCUUCCUCAAAAUGCUGUGACUCCUCAAACUGCUGUGAGUCCUCAAACUGCUGUGAGUCCUCAAACUGCUGUGAGUCUUCAAACUGCUGUGAGGCCUCAAACUGCUGCGAUUCCUCAAACUGCUGUGAGUCCUCAAACUGCUGUGAGUCCUCAAACUGCUGUGAGUCUUCAAACUGCUGUGAGGCCUCAAACUGCUGUGAUUCCUCAAACUGCUGUGAGUCCUCCAACUGCUGUGAGUCCUCCAACUGCAGUGAGUCCUCCAACUGCAGUGAGUCCUCAAACUGCUGUGACUCCUCAAACUGCUGUGAGUUCUCAAACUGCUGUGAGUCCUCAAACUGCUGUGAGUUCUCAAACUGCUGUGAGGCCUCAAACUGCUGUGAGUCCUCAAACUGCUGUGAGUCCUCAAACUGCUGUGACUCCUCAAAUUGCUGUGAGUCCUCAAACUGCUGUGAGUUCUCAAACUGCUGUGAGUCCUCAAACUGCUGUGACUCCUCAAACUGCUGUGAGUCCUCAAACUGAUGUGACUCCUCAAAUUGCUGUGAGUCCUCAAACUGCUGUGAGUCCUCAAACUGCUGUGACUCCUCAAAUUGCUGUGAGUCCUCAAACUGAUGUGAGUCCUCAAAAUGCUGUGACUCCUCAAACUGCUGUGAGUCCUCAUACUGCUGUGAGUCCUCAAACUGCAGAGAGUUCUCAAACUGCUGUGAGUCCUCAAACUGCUGUGAGUUCGCAAAAUGCAGCGAGUUCUCAAAAAGCAGCGAGUUCUCAAAGAGUGAGUUCUGAAAAUGCAGUGACUCCCGAAGAUGAGCUAGAACCAGCCAUUGCAGAAGGCCCAGGGUCUGCCAAAGAAGUCACAUCAAAUCCAAUUGAUCCUGAAAUCGCUCGUGCACUAAGAACACGAAGAGAGAGAAACGUUGCAGGAAUUAUCCAAAAUGAUGAGGGAGUACUUCUCAGGAUUUGUAUUAUACAACUCAUCAGACAUUCCUGUCUUCUAGAGCUGUCUAUGUUGUUGUGUUCAAUCUCAGCCAUGAUCUGGAGAAACCCAUUCCAGUUUCUGGAGCUGGAGCUACGUCAUGUCAAAUGACUCCAAUACAGUACUUGGACUUCUGGAUGAGAUCUGUCUACACCUAUACCAAAGAAAACACCUCCAAAAGCAAAAACAGAUUGGAGCAGAAAUCUCCACCAAUUUUCAUUGUUGGAACUCACAGAGACAGUGUUGGAGGGGCAGACUUGCCUGAUAGGGAGCGGAAGAAAUUGGUAAGUAACUAUGC